UCCUUAGAUGCUGCUUCUUCUAGCAAAACUCCACUGUAAGGCAAGGAAAUCAAUGCUGUCAAACCGCCCCGUCGAGAAAGAACUCGGGUUUAUGGCGGGAACCAUUUCGCUUUUUCUCGUGUUACACGUACUGGUACCGCUCGGAUGUGCUGCCUCAACUCCAACCGAUUUGUUCACAGCUGUCGUUCACAUGAUUGGCCUGCUGAAGACUGAACAGGAAGGUACACGAUUCAUUUUCGAAUUCCUCCGAUCAGAACAAGAUCGUUUGGCUACCGCGGAUAUCACCCUCUAUUUCCUACAUCGACAGCAGCCGCCACUUUCGACGCAUCCAGUGAUUCGAUACCGGAGCAUCAGCCGAACCAUUAACAGCUUGUUGAACAUUUCGGGAACUGUGCUUAGCCAGCAGCGUCGCAGCCUUCGCGGACUGCAAGGUGCUGUGAUCACGCUAGAACUGCCCACUAGAGAAGACCUGAUCGGUGCAGCAACGGGGAUAUGUCGCCUUCAGUAUUUUUACAAUUUGACACCUGAGUAUUUGAUGUCUCUGCGAUCAGCAAGUGUCCCCCGAGCGGCUCCCUCUGAUAUUAUGGCGGUUUCAUCUGCUUGCUUCGAGAUCGGACACUUCAGCGAAUCCAGCAGUUGGGCAAAGCUUGUUACACCUGACCUGUGUGCUGGAGAAACCCCAUGGUGGUCGGCGGCGAUGGUUAUGUUGUCAAAUAUUGCACAUUCCUUAGGGAAUAAGCUGGAUGCUGUUACUCUAGCAAGGAAGGCCCUCUUAGCACCGCCAGAAACACGAACCGCAAAUGUGCAAGCAUUACAAAGGAGGCAAACAUCCUGGUGGAAGAUAUGGCAAAAGAAGCAGAAGUCGAAGAAUCGAGGUGACUUCGAAAAUGCCUGCUUAGCUUCCAUGGGUGGAUCGUUCAAUUCCUCACCAACUCUUUACUGCCGAAUGACCACAAACGAUGGGAACCCGAAUCUUCUUCUGCGACCAAUCAAAAUGGAAGUGAUUAACGCAGACCCGAGGAUAGUACUUUUCCACGACUUCAUAAAUGAGCGUGAGGCGAUAGAAAUAAGGAAAUAUUCAGAAAACCGUCUUAAACGAGCGGGGUAUCGUGGGAAAAGCACGACCAUCGUAGGACCUCGCCGUAUCAGCAAGACUUCCUUCAUGUCUGAUGUUGCCAUCCCUUCAGCCAGACGAAUUGCAAGAAGGAUAAGCUACGUCACUGGAUUAUCUCUCAGUACAGCGGAAGAUUUCCAAGUUUCUCACUAUGGAAUUGGUGGCCAUUACGUUCCCCAUAGAGACUACUGGGCGGAGGGGACGGCAAAGGAAGAGCUGCUGGCAUGGGGGGGAAACCGCCUGGCGACAGUGCUCAUAUAUCUCUCUGAUGUAACUUCGGGAGGUUCCACGGCGUUUUUAAAGGCAGGGGUCACAGUCAAACCUGAACGCGGCGUCGCUGUGUUCUGGUACAAUAUGCUUCGCGCUCAGCCUUCUCAGAAGAAUGCCGUAGAAAAUUGGACCGAACGUCGUGUCGGGGACCCCCGCACGUUUCAUGGUGCGUGCCCGGUCCUGAAAGGGUCCAAGUGGAUCAUGACAAAAUGGUUGCACGAAAAAGAUCAAGGCAUUGUAAACUACGGUACACCAAACUGAAUCAAACAUAGGUGCUUAGCUCAUGUACCUGACUCCGAUUACAACUUUCGUUGGGCAUCGCUGUCGAAAAAAGAAAUAAUAAGUACACUGAGUAACGUGAGUCGCGCACGGCAUUUGGGUUAGCUUAGUAAGCAAGGGCAAUAAGCACUUGUGUGUGGAAACAGUGUAAUAGAGUACUAGUGUUGACGUUGAAUAAAUUGCCUCAAAC